AUGAAUAAACUUGGCCCAUCCUAUGAUAUGAUAGUUAGUGCAGUCCAAGCUCCCGAUACACUUAUCACAUAUGAUACUUUUGAGGCUCUUCUUUUGACAACUAAGCGACAAAUGCUAGAACAAGUGGUCCUUAUGCCUAACAAUGGACUUGUGGGGGAGUCUUCUGCUUCGACUACCCCAAGAAUUAUUUAUCAAAUAUGUGGAAAAGAUGGCCAUCCUGCUGUGGACUGUUUACAAAUCAUGAAUAUGGCUUACGAAGCAGAAUUCCGGCUCAGCACCUCACUUCCGUGGCCUUAUCUCCUAGCACUACAACCCAUCAACCAAAUGGAUCCUAGCUUCUUAACACAAGUGCAAAUGCGCACAUCACUCCAGAUUUGA